UGACGGUUAGAAGGUUACGACCGUGACCACAGCCGUCGGAGAUAACGAAGUUGCGGAGCUUUGUUUUAUGACACGCUUUGAAUCGGUCGUCUUCAGUUGUUUAAGGACAUAUCACUGACUAAAACCAGGACUUCUGCAGAAAAGCUUAGAAUGUCCAGGCGCAAACUCGGAAGCCGACCGCAACACCUGAGCGUAAUUCAAGAUGCCCCAGAGAGUGGUAUGACGCCCGUCUCCGCCCCCUCUCCUGACCUUACAGCUGACCCGGCGGAUGGUGGCAGUGACCUGCUGACGUGUGGGCAGUGUGGCCAGGCUUUCCCCCUGGCCCACAUCCUGACCUUCAUCCAGCACAAACAGGGAGGAUGCGGCAACGCCAGGACUGCCUUGCUGAGCCACGCCCCUCCAUCUCCAGCCAAUCACGUGGUCAAGCGGGGCCCGGGCACACAGGUGGAGGCAGGCUACAUGGCGCUCAGUAGGAUGACGGACAGGCAGUGGGAGGAAGAGCCAGGUGGGAAGGCGGAGGCUAGUCGAGCAGGUGAGCCGUCCAGUUUCACCUGCCAAACAUGUGAGUGUGUGCUGCCCAGCGCGUGGGCUCUUCUGCAACAUGCCCAGCACAUCCACUCCAUGAGCCUCUACCAAGUGGAGGCCAACACUUCCCCUGAACUAUCCAAACCACCGGCCAUGAUGGAUCCUCGCCACCUGGGUGCCACACUUGCCUCUGCCUUCCACUCAAAACGCUUGCCCCGCCCCCAUCAGCCACAGAGCUCCGCCCCUUUGCCAGGUGGGCGGGACCUGCAGGGCCUAAACUUUUCACUUUGCCUACAGCGGCUGGCAGAGGUGAGUUGCGGGAAUGGCGGGGUUGUACCCUCGCCCUCGCCUUCUCCGCCAGCUGCCUCUCCCUUCCCGCACUCAGCCCCACCCCUCUUGGGUGCGUUCUCCUGUGAGACGUGUGGCCAGAGCUUCCAGUCUCUCCGGAGCCUGUCAGCCCACCGACGCACACAUGCCUGCGAGAGGCCCUACCACUGUGGCCUGUGCGAGCUCACCUUCGCCCAGAGUGGGGAGCUGGCACGUCACAUGAGGAGUCACCGACGGGCUGCAGUGCAGGGUGCACCCGACCUCGCGGCCUCCGUUGCCGAUGAGGACGCCAAAGCCCAGACUCGGCUGCCUCAACAGGGGCACCCAAACAGCGGUUGCACUGCCAGCACCGGCCACCAGGGCAGCGACCUGGAGCUCGGCAAGCACUCAGUUGGUGCAAGCCUGAUCCUGCUGUCCUCACAAUCGGGGACGGCAGGCCGCAGUCUGCUUCGCUACUACCAGCCCCAGGGAGAGGCAGACGAGGCGGGGCAGGGUGAGCAGCAGCAGCCUUCCCCCUACGGCAGCCCGUCAGAGGGCUCCCUAGAGAGCGGCGAGACGGGAGGCAGCGGCGAGAGUGGCAUUGCCAGUGGGAGCUGCACACCCAAGCGGCCCGAGCGGGACGAGCGACCUCGCGCCGACUGGGAGGCGGAGCGCGACGCAGAGGGUGCUGAGCCCACCCAUGACUGGCCACAGGAAGAGGAUAGGCGGCAGGCACCUGGCGCCCCCCGCAGGAAGCGUGAGGAAGCGUGCGAGUUCUGCGGCAAGAGGUUCCGCAACAGCAGCAACCUGACGGUGCACCGCCGGAGCCACACGGGCGAGAGGCCAUACCGCUGCGGCCUGUGUAGCUACGCCUGCGCCCAGAGCAGCAAGCUGACGCGGCAUAUGAAGACGCACGGCGCCCGUGGCAGCCGGGCCCCCUUCCAGUGCCACCUGUGCUCCGUACCCUUCACUGUCUACGCCACACUGGAGAAGCACCUGAAGAAGGUGCACAGUGUCAACAACACCACCCCUGCCGCCGGGACCUACAGCCUGCAGGCCGGCCCGCUCGCCUACACAAGCGUUGCAGUCAAGAUGGAAGAUGAACCCAGCGACGAGCACUCUGCUGCCAUGAUCCGCACACCCGCCGCCGACGCCUGCGUGGAAAUGGCCGAUGAGCUGAAGGAGGAAGACUCCGAGAUCAGGGUCAGCGCCGAUGGCUCACCCGCCCCUGACGACUGUGGUGAAGGGGUGGAGCUUCGGCUCACUCCGAGCACUGCCUGAGCAAAAAGGACGCUUCCACUGAGGGUCACGCAGACUACAGCUGGGUCGGACUUGCACUUGCCAAUCAAUAACUGAGCCCUAUCAGAAAAAAUCCCUUUAACCAACAACAUAUUAGAUAUGGUCUGUUGUGUGUAGCUGAAAACGCGCAAAUAUUCAUCGAUGUGGAUCUGAAGCCAAGUGCCUAGACAUAGACUACUGUGUUAAUUCUGGUAAGGACUGAGGGUUGAGACACAUGUAUGAUUGAGGUCUUCAAACCUUGCGGUGACCUAACGUGUCCGGGACUGCAAGGGGCACGAGAGCACGCAACAGAGGAGCAUGCUAGGCACGCCCCAGGGGCAUCAUAGCAACCGAGAAACGGGCAGCCGUCGUGGAAUAUCAUCAAACAUCGUAUGGAAAAGAUUUACCAUGGCCAUGAUUCUCAGUCAUGGUCAGUGUGUCAUUCUAAGUGCUGAGGGGGUGCUGUUAUUGAGCCCUACCACAGAGCUAGACAAGUUUGUUAGGAAAAAUUACGCAGACAGUAAAAGUGUACUCGGAUGUGUGCACUUCAUUUAGGGUUUCUCAAAGGCAUGCUCACGCUGUAAGUGAAGUUUGUCUUGUACUCCCCAAAAAUCUUCUACAGGGUUAUAUGAAUAUGCGCUAAAUUUCGAAGCAGAGAUGGUGGGGAUUUCCACUGAAAAUCCCAUUAAACCUAGAAAUAGGAUUAAAUUUGUGUUCUGAACACUGUACCUGUAUACGCUGUACUUUUGUGUUCUGAACACUGUACCUGUAUACGCUGUACUUUUGUGUGCUUUUUAAAAAAAAUAUAUUGAUUAUAAACAAUGCAUAGUGCAGGUAUGUGAUGGUGACCAUUAAGAAUCUUACAGAAUUCUGCCUAGAGAGCUCUCUGCUGAGGUCUUAGGGAUUUUUUUUUUUUUUUUUUUUGUAAAUGUAUUUUUAGGCUGUGCUUACACAUACUUCACAUUUAUUGUAACUGAUAUGUAUUGUCAUAUACUCUUCAUCUCGCUGGCUGCUUUCCUUUGCAGAAAAUUCUAGAAUUAAAGAGAAACGGGUGUCUCUGUGCUUUCUGUUUUCUGCUUUACUCCAUGGGACUCGUGCUGUUUACAGACUGCUCUGUUUACAUGUUUUGUUAGGUGAGCUUUGUGAGCGCAUACUCAUGUCUUCAGAUGUUCUUUGUGGAGUCAGUUGUCUGGGGGUCUUGCAUGUUUUGUGGCCGUGUAAAUGAAAAGCCUUCCUACAGAGUAACUAGUGGGUAGGGCACUGCAGCGCUGGUCUGUUGAGCACUUGUGUGUGUGUGUGUGUGUGUGUGCAUGGGCGCGUUUCAUGUCUACAGGAAAACUUACUUUAUUUUCUCUAAUUAUUGAAUUCUGUAUGCUAUCAGGGAACUGUUGUACUGUUUCUUUUGUUUAAAAUAUAUAAAUAUAUAUAUAUAUAUAGUUUUGAGCCUAUUUGAAUAGACAAAUGUGAAAGGCCGCUGGGCACAUGGUGUCCAUCUCUCUCUUCAGGGACCAACACGCUGUAUAUAGGUACCAUCCCCCUCAGCCCACUACCUAUGUUGCUUUUUCUUGUGGUCUUCUUCUGUGGAUUUCACUUGUCAUGUAUGUGUGUGGAUUUGUUCCAUUUGAAGCUCAUGCUUCUACUGCUCUGUAAACUUGCCAUAAUUUUGUUACUUCUAUGCUUGUGCAGAUGAUGAUGAUGAUGAUUAAAACGACUGAAGGAGAAAAGCCA